UCUGUGAAUCGAUAAAGGGAUUGUUGACAAAAUGAACUUUCUACUCUACUACAACAAAGUAUUCUUUUGGAGUAUGGUUUGUGCGCUUUAUAUUUCAUAAUUGAAUGCUAUUAAUUAUCUAAAAUGUCAUGUUUUUGUGAAAUACCUUGUGAUGAUCCAUAUCUUUUGUAAAUUGGUGCAGCUAUUUUAGUAGCGGAGGCCCAGCAUCGGUGUUUGAGUAUAAUAUAAUUGUCUUGCCUGCUGGCUGGGUGAAGCAAAGGAGACGGUGAAUGGACGUUCUACUUCUAUCGUUCAGUAGUACUAGCCUAGUGAGUAGUCGAAACAUACUUUUUAUGAUUGCUGUUGGAAGACUGAAGUGGUGGACAACACCAUAAAGCGGAAGUAACUCACGGCUGAAUUUAUAUUUUGAUUUUAAUAUGUCGGCUGUGGGGAACAAACGGUUUCCACAAGUUAAUAAACCGCAGAAGAAAACCCAGUCCCCAGUACUAUUUGUGGAGAAUUCUCAAACUACAGGAGGAAGUAAUAAUGGAGGACUUCAAAAAAGUUCUCAAAUCGCCAACACGGAGAGUGAUACAAGCAGUCAACGAAGUUCAAUAGGAGAUACAAGUAUAACAUCACGCGACAUGCUAAGUCCGCCUGAUAUCAUAUCCCGAACGCCAACAUCGGAAAACCGCCUGACGAGGACGCCGGACACUAUGAUGUCUACAGGAUUUUUGGGAAGUCACUCUCAACCACGAAGACAGUCAAAAAGUAGUUCAUCAACGAGUUUGAACUCUGAUAGUCUGGAACCCCAAUAUGCAAAUCAGGAGGAGAUCAUCAACCUGACGCGGGAGGUGCGGCAUUUCCAAGAAGCACUGGGUGCCAUGCGUGGAAUCUUUAACCAAGAUGAAGAAAUUACAGAAUCUAUUCAGUCUAGAAUUCAAGACCAGCUGAAAGAUUUACUGUUCAUUCUACGAUCAACUUUAAAUCGAUAUCCAGCAUUGAGUACACAAGAUAUCCAAACGACAUCACUCUAUCUCGUCAAACAGGCAAAAGGUUUGUACAAUCACAGUGAUGCAGAUAAAUCUAGAUUUUUUAAGGCGGUUGAUGAGCUUGCCUUAUCAUUCAGUACCAGUGUGUCGGAAUACUUGAUGGGUGAUGUCGAACAACCGUACAGUGGAAGUCCCAUGCUCAUUCCAACGUCCUGUGUUAGUGUUCCAGGGCUGAAUAACAACACUGAACCAAGUCUCGCAUCUGAUAGUCAUCUUGAUGUGACCGAAGGGCGUAGCUAUUCAGUAAGUUCUUCUUCCAAAGAGGAGGUUGAAGCUACAUUGUUGGAGCUAGAUCAGGGAGUGGAAAUUGCUCUGGAGAGGGCUAAAAUAUGGUCAAAAUAUUCCAAAGAUCUUAUCAACUAUGUCGAGAAACGAAUGCAGUAUCAAAUGGAAUUUGCAAAGAAUUUAGCGAAGCUUUCCAUGGCAACGAAGCCGAUAUUAAAACAUGGCCAAUUUCUGCCUUUACAAUCAACUAUCAUUUGUAGCCUUGACCAAGAUGUGGACUUUAUGAAUAAUUGCGAAGCCACUUGCAACCACAUUUUUGGACAAAAAUUUGUUGAGCAACUAGAAAAAAGAAAAAUUGAGCAUGAUAAAACCAGAAAAGAAGUCAGAAUGAGGUGGCAGAAGAUGAAGAAAGAAAUGAAUGAUUGUAGAUCGAAUGUUGACAAAUCGAAACAACAAUAUCAUCAUCGUCACUCAGAAUAUGAGAAGGCUAGGGAGUCAGCGCAGCGAGUUGAAGCCGAGUCAUUAAAUACAAGUGGUGGGGUCACAAGUUCAAAGGUCGAGAAGAGGAAGAAAUCUGAAGAAGAAGCACAACUCAGAAUGAAGGAGGCUGAAACGACGCAUAAAGGCUGUAUUGCAGAAGCAAAACGAAAACAACAAGACAUGUCCAACUUAAAGAAAGGAUUAAUUACUGAAUUAAGGGAAUCAUUGGACCACUGUGAUCAAACAAUGAAAGCUGUAACUAAUAAUUACUUCCAGCUGCAGUAUAUGCUCUCUGCAACAUCACCGGGACAGUUUAAUAGUUUGUGUGAAUCUGUGAAAUCUUAUGAACCUGGUUCUAAGUUUAGUGAGUUCGUUCGCCAGUAUAAGGAACCCUCAUCAACAACCAGUACACCAGCAGAACUUAGGGAUAAUUUUGUAUUUGAACCUUACAUUAAAAGUAACAAACCGAAUACACGCAAAUUCAGCAGUCAGUCAAACGAAUGGGAUAGUAGGCAAGCUUUUUAUCAAAAAGCUGAAGCAUGGGCACCCUCUGUGUUUGGUGAUGACCGAAACAGCACGAGUGGUAGUUCGAACCAUGAAAGUUCGCCAUCCGCCAGUCCAAGAAACUCCCGCCCACAUAGCAAGAACGUGAUUUCCGUUGGUGCAAUAUCGUCUGGUGAAGAGGAUGCCGACACAGAAGAGGUUUCUGAUGUUACUGAGAACAGGAUGCCAUAUAUGCUGCCCUCAGCAUUCAAGAAUGUGAUCCUCUCCAAGGCAGCAGUAACACAUACGAUACGCAAACUCCUUGGUCCUUCCAAGUGUCGUGAAUGUGAGGGUUAUCUGUACUUUAACGGUGCUGAAUGCGCCGAUUGCGGGCUGGCCUGUCAUCGGAAGUGUUUAGAGACGUUAGCUAUUCAGUGCGGUAAGAAGAGGAUGCCAGGAAAAAUGAAUGUGUUUGGUGUUCCGUUACUGGAGCAUCUGAGAUUAACCAAUCGGAAAGUUCCAUUCAUCCUCGUUAAAUGCAUUUCUGUUUUGGAAGAAAAAUACAUAAAUAUCAAGGGUAUCUAUAGGUGUCCUGGGCUCAAAAUCAAGGUGGAGAAGUUGUGUCAGACAUUUGAGAAUGGCGGCGAUCUGGUGGAUUUAUCCGAGACGUUACCGCAUCUCAUCACCAAUGUUAUUAAACUUUACCUUAGACAGCUUCCAGAGCCAUUACUGACAAUCAAACUCUACCCACAAUUCAUCAUGUUAGCUAGAGAGAGUCGAGAAAACAAGUUAGAGUUAGACGAUCCAAAGACUGUAGAAAAGUUACAAGAAAUCGUCCAGCAACUUCCGCCCGCGAAUUAUUUAUCUGCAAAGCUCCUGAUCACGCAUUUGAACAAAGUAACUCAACAUGAAAAACGCAAUGGAAUGACAGCUAGUAAUCUUGGGAUUGUUUUUGGACCCAAUUUACUUAAAGAUGCUGUAAACGAUUCAUUAUCAGCUUUGGUAGAAAUGCCUAACAACAACAGAGCGAUCGAGCUUCUCAUAUACAACUCAAAGAUCUUUGGGGAUAGAUCGGUGGAAGAAAAUACCAUACCGUCAAAUGGCUCUGCAAGUCCUAGGAUUACAGUGGCUUCAUUAAAUCAAUCAGCCAACAACUCCAAGAAACCAAAAUUUUAUACCCAUAUAAAACAAGCCGAAGAAUCCGAUGGCGAUGAUGCGAGUUCAGAGAGUGAGGAUAGAUCCGGUUAUCUUGGAUCUGGUGUUUGGGUUGGUGAAACCAGUGCAAAUGGGGAACAUGACCUCCAAGUACCGACUCCUCCUCCACGUCGAGCAGUUUCACCUAAAAGUCGGCUUAAAAAGCCACAAAGAUCCACCUCGCCGGGCAGUGUAGUAUUCCGAACUAGAGGUGACAACAAAGUUGCUGGAAAUAGGAUUUCAGCUCCAUUGCCAGAAAGUGUACUUUGCCACAAAGAAGUUGAAAGGUCAAUGAGUGCUCCUGUAGAGGAAGCUUCCGCACACCCUGAGGAAGGGUUACCGGGGAUGGUCAAUUUGCCUACUUCUCCAAGUGAGGUGAUGGGAUUAAAGCCAAGUCCAGGAAGCAAGCGUCGGGAACCAAGAUUCGUUUGAUAUCUAUAUUGUUAAUUUUGAUGUAGUUUGCAUUAGCAAACAUCAUACGAGUGAUGUUUUUCCGUACCUGAUGUGUUAUCGUACAGAAUACUCAGUACGUUCCCAAAUAUUUGUGAAAAAUAUCUCGCAAGUAAUUAGGGGGAGAAUCGAAGCCCACGACCUGCAGUAUAACUAGUCUAAAGUAAAGUGAUACUAGAAUAUCGAGCUUAAACUUAAGUGGCUUGUGCUGAAUCUUAUCCCCAAGUACAGUGGUACUGCAGUAGUUCAGACAACAGGCUAGUUAUCUGGAUGUCAUGGGUUCGAUUCCCACCUAAAUCACUUGCAAGAUUUUUUUUCGCAAAUACAGUAUUUUCCCAAAUACGUACACAGUAUUCAGUACGGUAUCACGUCAUGUAAGGCAGAACAUCACUCCUAUAUUUAAAAAGUAUUUGUACAAGCCAUUGAUCCAGUAUGUAGUAACUAGGUUUGUAACAUUGGGUGGGUGUUAUUCAUUCAUUUGAAGCAGGGAGGUUUCAUAAGGUAGUGAAUGGAAUCAACAUUACUGCCCAAGACAAGUGCCUUCUGAGAUUAAUAAUGUGAUUGGAGUUUUUUCUCUUGUAACUCUAAACAUAAGAAAAAACUAUUUAUAUAUAACACGGCUAAGUAAAGUCUUAUGAGACCCAAAUGGAACAUAUUCAAUCCUAUUUCUUUUCGCUCUUCAUCCGUGGUUAAUGAAUUCACUAAAUUACCAAAUAAAUCUAUUUUCCUAUAGUUUUACAUAAGUGCUACAAAUACUGUGAUAGCGAUUGUAAAUAUAAAUUAUAAAAAAGUGUUCAGUAUUUGAUAAAUCUUUAAUGUAAGAACAGUAUAUGUCAGUAUACGAUAUAUUUGUAAGUGAAAACAAGUUUUUAGAAAAUUUAUUACUGCAAAUGGUUUCUAAAAAUAGAAAUCAUUUUUUACUCAUAGUAAAUUAUAAUGCUAAAUUUAAUUUAUCAAUACUGAAUAUGCAAUACCAUAUGAAAAUAAGUUUUUAAACAGGAACGGUGAAGGCAGUAUUCCGAUAUAUAUUACAAAACGACAGUAACUCUGGAAACGGGUACUUUUUGGGAAUUCAACUUUUUGAUCUAUAUGAUCAUUUUCGAGAAUGCUGAUGAAAAAAUGUCAUGUUUAUUUACAAAAUGAAGUACAACAGAACUUUGUUGAAAAUUUCAACCAAUAAGGUAAAAGCAACAUUACAGUUGCCCAAUCAAAAUGACCGAAUGGACAUUUCCGAAAUGUCAAUCAAACUAAACUAGUGACUAAUUGGAACAGUGCGAGGAAUAUGCACACACUCAUAUGUGCCUCACAUACGUGGAUUACUUAUUCUUGUUAGUAACCAAAAAGUUUGAUAAACAACUUCCCAUAUUUAAUGUUGCUUUUACCUGCUUUCCCCCCCCCCCCCAAAAAAAAUAAAUAAAUAAAAUUUUAAAAAAACACAAAACACAGACAGUUGGGCUAUUAUUUAUUUUCUAAAACUUAAUGUAGGCCUAUGCUUAAUAUAUCUAUAUAAUCCAUAAUAGAUUGUAUCUCGUGCUACAAAUGAAUAGUGACCAAAAUUUAACAACAAUUUAAGUCCCAUAUAGAAAGUAUCAAACAAACCUAUAUCAUGCAGUAGACACACUCGCGCAGAUAUUGUAUUUUUAAUUACUUUCUUAGUACGUCUGUAAAUCUUGUAAAUAUGGAUGAGUGUGUUUUUCUCAUCAGAAAAUGAUUAAAUAGAUCAAAAACUUGUAAUUCUCAAAAUGUCUCUGUUAGGAGUUACUUUUCCUUUUAUUUAUACCAUUAUUGUCUUGGUAAAGUAACUGAAUGGUCAUAGACUAUUGGGUUUUAAGCUUCCAAUGGAGAAAAUAUACAGUAACUUAGUAACUUAAAUUUAUUCCAAAUUUAUAGUUUGUAGGGUUUUAGCAAGACUGGCUUAAAGAAAGCUGUCCAAUACUAGAUUCAUAGUACUUAUAGAAACAGCUUUCCAACCGUAUUUUAAAAUUAUAACAAAUAUAUGCAGAAUCUUUGCUGUCUUUGCUUUGUUAGAGUUUACUGAAAACAUCAUUCCAAAUUAUGAAAUACUUGUUGAAAGUAUUUUAUUAUCAGUUGUCUUACCAUAUUGGUGCCAUAAUCUUAACUACUAAAACAUCGACAAUUUUCGGGGGUUUUUUAAAAUUAUUUUUACAAAUUUAUGUAUUUCAUUUUGUUUUUUUCACUUUUUAUAUGUGAUUGUAAAUCAUUUUCAUAAAGCUUUGUAAUUGUUUUUAAUAAGAAAA